AUGGGGGGUGUUUCGGAAGACGGAAGCCUUUCAGCAAACAACAGCCCACCCUCCAUCUUAGAUGAGCUGGCGAUCCGGGGUCUCGGACUUCUCCUAUUCCGACUGGCACAAGGUGACAACAACGCCAAAAUGCGCCUCCUCCUCACCCUCGGCGCCAUCCUCGGUGUCCUAACCACCUUGAUGUACACACUAGACUCGCACCUGGAGAAGUUCUACAUCUUCACGCCUUCCGGCCUACACACGCUCUCUCAGGAAGCCAUUGCCCUACACGGCAACGACACAGCUUCAGUAGUCUCCCACAUCGUCACUUCCCUCUCCGCAAUCCACGGGCCCCACAUCAACCUCGACGAAGAAUGGAUCUUCAACAACGCCGGCGGUGCCAUGGGCGCCAUGUACAUUAUCCACGCGUCCAUUACUGAGUAUCUGAUUAUUUUUGGUACUGCGAUUGGAACGGAGGGUCACACCGGACGGCAUACCGCGGAUGACUACUUCCAUAUUCUCAAGGGCGAGCAGGUGGCUUAUGCGCCUGGCAAGGGCGUUUAUGGGGCUGAGAGGUAUCCGCAGGGGAGUGUGCAUCAUCUUACUAGGGGCGAUGUCAAGCAGUAUAAGAUGGAGGGUGAAUGCUUUGCGUUGGAGUAUGCGAGGGGGUGGAUCCCGCCUAUGCUUGGGUUUGGGACUACCGUGGUUACUGGGCGGGAGAUGAUUGGAAACUUGAUGAUGGGCAAGUUGUGA